AUGAAUGUGAAUCACGAACACGUAUUUCAGGAUCCGGCAGCUUCAACUGACAUUAACGGGAAUGACACCGACCCCACGCCACAGGACAAUGGCGACAAUAAACAUGGCACCCGGUGUGCGGGCGAGGUCGCUGCGGUCGCUUACAAUAGGUACUGCGGCGUCGGUAUCGCAUACAAUGCCAGCAUCGGGGGAGUCAGAAUGCUAGACGGCCUAGUUAAUGACGCAGUAGAGGCGCAAGCUCUCGGCUUCAACACGCAUCAUAUAGAUAUCUACAGUGCCUCUUGGGGCCCUGAGGAUGACGGGAAAACAGUCGACGGGCCAGGCCCCUUAGCUAGAAGGGCCUUUAUAAACGGAGUCACAAACGGUAGGGGUGGGAAAGGUUCUAUUUUUAUAUGGGCUUCCGGAAAUGGUGGCAGGCAUACUGAUUCUUGUAAUUGUGACGGGUAUGCGAAUAGCAUAUUUACGAUUUCCAUAUCGAGCGCCACGCAAGGAGGCUAUAAACCUUGGUAUUUAGAAGAGUGCUCAUCAACUUUAGCCUCAACUUACAGUUCUGGAACGCCGGGUCGCGAUAAAAGUGUAGCAACUGUUGAUAUGGAUGUACAAUUGAGGCCAGAUCAUAUAUGUACCGUUGACCAUACAGGGACGUCCGCUUCAGCUCCAUUAGCGGCAGGAAUAUGUGCAUUAACUUUAGAAGCGAAUCCUUUAUUGACUUGGAGAGAUAUGCAGCACCUCAUAGUAAUAACAUCGAGGUCACUACCAUUAAAUAAAGAAGAAGGUUGGAUAGUAAAUGGCGUAAAAAGAAAAGUCAGUCACAAGUUUGGUUAUGGACUAAUGGACGCAGCUCAAAUGGUCACCUUAGCAAAACAAUGGGUUACCGUACCGCCGCAACAUAUUUGUAAGUCACAAGAAAUAAAUGAAGACAAAUCCAUUGAAACGUCAUUCGGUUAUACUAUAUCAGUUCACAUGGACGUGAAUGGCUGCAGCGGUACAAUGAACGAGGUCAGGUUUUUGGAACACGUUCAAUGUAAAAUUUCACUGAGCUUUUUCCCGAGAGGUAAUUUACGGAUUCUGCUUACGUCGCCGAUGGGGACUACGUCCACCCUUUUAUUUGAAAGAACACAUGACGCAACUAGUUCCAAUUUCGAUGACUGGCCUUUUUUAAGCGUACAUUUUUGGGGAGAGAAUGCCGAAGGCCGUUGGACGUUACAAAUAAUAAAUGCUGGAAAUAAUCAUGUAACUCAACCGGGGUUACUAAAAAAAUGGCAAUUGAUUUUUUAUGGCACGGCAACGAAUCCUAUACGGCUGCAAAAUAAGGGUUACUAUAAUUCAAAUAAUGUAUACCAAAAGGAAAAAGCGUAUCAUAUAAACGAUGUUUAUGACGCAUCCGAAUACUCGCAAUUUCUCAACGAAAUUGAGCUUGGUAUUUCCGAUAAACGCAGUUAUUCCAAGAACAUUCCUUCUGCACAGAGAAAAAAUGUCUUGGCGGACGCCAACGAUAAGCAGGUACAAAGAUUAUGCGAUCCGGAAUGUGAUACACAAGGAUGUUAUGGAAAAGGUCCAACACAAUGUGUUGCAUGUAAACAUUAUCGUUUAGACAAUUCUUGUGUAUCAAGAUGCCCACCAAGAAGUUUUGUAAAUCAAGGAGGAGUGUGUUGGCCUUGUCAUGAAUCAUGCGAGACUUGCGCAGGGGCGGGUCAAGAUUCUUGUCUCACUUGUGCACCAGCUCAUUUAUUAGUCAUAGAUUUAGCAGUUUGUCUUCAACAAUGUCCCGAUGGCUAUUACGAAGAUUCUGAUGCAAGUGCAUGUUUUCCGUGUGCAGAACAUUGUUAUACAUGCUCAGAAAAAGCAGAUAUGUGCUCAUCUUGUGUACAUAAUUACGUCCUUUACAAUGGAUCAUGCUUGGCUGCUUGCCCUCCGGGAACAUAUCAAAAAGACGAUUUUAGUUGCACACCAUGCCACGAGUCAUGUGAAUCGUGCCACGGGCCAAAUGAUACUGAAUGUGUAUCAUGCCGUCUUGGCGAUUAUGCAAUAAAAAAUCGUUGCAUUCCAAAAUGCCCCGUGAAUUAUUACUCGGACGCACAAAGAAGAGAAUGUUUACCGUGUCCAAUCGGAUGUUCGAUUUGCACGUAUGGUAUCUGCUCCAUUUGCAAAGAGAAAUGGGUGAUAAGUAAAGGAGGAAAUUGUCUACCGGAUGGCAAUGACAAAUGUGAUACCAACGAAUAUCAUGAAAGUGGACGGUGUAAAAAUUGUCACUCUACUUGUGAAAAAUGUAGUGGACCAAAUGAGUGGGACUGUUUGUCUUGUUCGACCCCAUUGUUAUUACAGGGAUCGAGGUGCGUAGCGGAAUGCGGUCAAGGGUUUUACCAAACAGCUGGUCGUUGUACUAAGUGUCCUCACACGUGUAUUGCUUGCGUUUCAAGAUUGAACUGCACUUCAUGUGCUGGUGCCUUAAGACUUCAGUCUGGGACUUGUCGAGCUACUUGUGCUUCUGGAUACUACCCAGAUGAGGGAACUUGUUCUAAAUGUUACUUGUCAUGUGAGACGUGCACUGGUCCAAGAAGAGAUCAGUGUGCAUCAUGCCCGCCGGAUUGGAGAUUGGCGGCCGGAGAAUGUAGACCUGAGUGCCCACAAAACUUUUUUCCAUGGAAGGACAGCUGUCGUCGCUGCCAUCAUUACUGCCAGGACUGUCAUGGAGCAGGACCUCAGCGGUGCACGUCGUGUCCGCCGCACUUUUCCCUGGAAGGUGGAUUGUGUGUAGAGUGCCUUAGUUCUCAAUAUUACGAGCCGAGGACUAGAACUUGCCGGCCAUGUCACGACUCAUGCAGAUCAUGCUCGGGUCCUGGACCAACAAGUUGCGUUACUUGUGCUCAUCCACUCCGCUUAGAUAGAAUGAUAUCAUAUUAUAGUCGCAACACUAUAGUCAGGUUAUUACUAGACUGCUAGUAGUAACCUGAUAACCUGAACUAGACUACUAGGUUACACUAUAGAGGCCAAAUUAUCCAAUCGAUGUUAAGCCUCAAUAGUUAAGUUCGAAAUAGAUUACAAUACGGUAUUAUAAAAAUUAGUAUGGCAGUAUUAAAAAUAAAGCCUUCAUUUACAUUAGGUGGUUGUCUCAAUGGGUCUUCAGCGGGUAAGAGACGAAUCGCCGAGAACGCACGUUCGCAUGUGACAGCAUCGUAUUUCGUCGACGACAACGUUUCGUCGGCGAACAUUCUAGACCACAACUUGCUAGUCGCUUGGAGUGUUGGUGCAACACUGCUCGUGGUCGUUGGGCUUAUUGUCAUCAUUAAGCUGACAACUGUCGAUGAAGACUUAGUAGCAUUAACUACAUCUACCACCAUCCUGAAGGUGACCGAUACAAAUCAAGCGAAUCAACUAGAAGAACCAACAUAG